AUGUUUUUUAUUCUUUACACUGUAAGAAUAUUAGCUACCAUGCAUCGAAUAAAGGUUCUAUCUAAAGACAGAGAUUUUGAAAUGUCUGUUCAUUCUACUGGUUCAUAUACAAAUGAUAUAGUUCUUGUUCCUUCAACAAAUGACUUUGUAAAGGAAAACACUUUUGUGUAUGAAGAAUCAAGAGGAGGAUUGAGAACAAUGAGUGGUAGAUUUAUAACUAAAGGAGUUAUGACAUCCGAUUUGAAAUAUAGCAUAAAACUUGAGAACUCAAAAAGUUCAUCUGAUGGCUGGAAGAUUUCACCACGCACGGAUUAUAAUACUAUUUCUAAUUCAGAAAGCUACUGCUUUAAGAAAGGAAAAUUUAAUAAAUCUGGAAAUUAUUAUGAGUUAUUUAUUGAAUCUUGUAAUAUAACAGAUCCAGAGCAGCAAUUUUUAGUAAUAGAUCUUGAAAGAACAUUAAAUGGUGAGGAUUGGGAUAUAAAUCAGAAGGGAGAAGUUGAUAUACUUAAUGAGCCUAUGUAUUUGGGUAAAUAA